AACUUCUUUCAUAUCAUAACUACCGCCACUUUAAAGUUUUCACUUUUAAAUACACUUUCCCUUCUGCCACUGCUUGCAAUUGAUUUUCGACUGAAUUUCCGGCUAAAAUCCGGCGGCACCGCGCCGGAAUGUGACCGAAUUACAAAAUUUUGAGAAGGGUUUUACGAAUUUCUAACUGUUGAUAUUUCAUUGGUUUGCUUGAUUUCAAUCCAAGAUUUGGCUGCUUUCCAUGUAUAAACACAAUAUCUAUAUAACUCUUUAAUGUGAGGAGAGUUUAAGCGCUGUCAUGUUUGGGAUAUUAUCAUAUUAAGAUAGUGUCAUAAAUAUCAAUGCUAUUGUUCUGGGCGGGUUCUUCGAGUCGAUGCAUUUAAUGAUAGUUAACUUAAAGAUUCUCCUUGUUUUGCGUAAAGAUAGCAGUUUUCUGAAAAAAAUAUUAAAGUAGUCUCAAGAAAUUUUCUUUCAACCAUACGUGAUUCUUAAAAUCAUUAAACAACAAUCUUGCGUAGUUGUUUUCAUUGUAGUUUGUUCCCAAUAUUUAUCAUCAGGACAUCAUAUCAUUGAAGAGGCUUGAAAAUCAAUUAGUUGGCAUCUGAAGCUUUUAUGGUAUUACAAUGUGUAAACUGGAGGAUGGUGAUGAGAAGGAAAAACAGUAUGAGGAGAGUUGGGAUGUGGAGGUGAAGUUUUCGAGUGAAGAGGAAGUGGCGAAAACUGAGUUUUUUAAGGUAUCUCGUCCUAGAAUGAAGCUGUGGGUUUUAAGGGCAAUCACCACGUUGUUGCUGUGGACUUGUAUUAUUCAAUUGGUGGCAAUCGGGGAAGUAUGGGGGCCAACUUUGUUGAAGAGUUGGCCUUCUUGUUCUAGUCCUCCGAAUAUACAUACAGAUACAAAUGUGUCUUUUAUUCAACGAAAAGUUCUUCCUCCAAAAAGGGUGUAUAAGAACAAUGGUUAUCUCAUCGUUUCUUGCAAUGGAGGCCUUAACCAAAUGCGAUCAGCCAUAUGUGACAUGGUUGCUAUUGCGAGAUAUCUUAAUGUUACUCUUAUAAUCCCAGAAUUGGACAAAACUUCAUUUUGGGCAGAUCCGAGCGAAUUUGAAGACAUUUUUGACGUUGAUCAUUUCAUUUCAUCUUUGAGGGACGAAGUCCGAAUAUUGAAAGACCUUCCACCAAGACUUGAACAGAGGGUUGACCUAGGAAAUUUCUAUGAGUUAGCACCUGUCAGUUGGUCAAAUAUUUCUUACUACCAUCGACAGAUUCUUCCUCUUCUUAAAAAGCAUAAAGUUCUACAUCUGAAUAGGACUGAUUCCCGGCUUGCUAAUAAUGGAUUGCCUUUGGAGAUUCAGAAGCUACGGUGUAAAGUAAAUUUUAGUUCCCUGAGAUUCACUGCUAGGAUAGAGGAAUUGGGUCGAAAAGUUGUGAGGAUCCUGAGGCGAAAUGGUCCUUUCCUAGUCCUCCAUCUCAGAUAUGAAAUGGAUAUGCUGUCCUUUUCUGGCUGUAGUCAAGGCUGCAACGAUAAGGAGGUGAAUGAAUUGACGAGAAUGAGAUAUGCUAAUUCUUGGUGGAAAGAGAAAGUAAUCGAUCCUGAACUUAAAAGAAAAGAAGGUUUGUGUCCUUUGACACCUGAAGAAACCUCACUAGUCCUAGAUGCAUUGGGCUUCGAUCGUAGUGUUCAGAUAUAUAUAGCUGCCGGAGAAAUAUAUGGUGGAGAAAGGAGACUAAGAAGUUUGGCCGCGGCAUUUCCAAAUCUGGUCACAAAAGAGUCAUUGCUCGAAUCAUCAGACUUGGAGUUUUUCCAGAACCACUCGACUCAAAUGGCAGCUCUGGAUUAUCUUGUCUCUCUGGAAAGUGAUGUAUUUGUUCCAACAUAUGAUGGAAAUAUGGCUAAAGUUGUUGAAGGACAUCGCAGAUAUCUAAGUUUCAAGAAGACAAUUCUACCUGACAGAAAAGUUUUAAUUGGAUUGAUAGAUCUAUACAAUAAUGGAUCUCUAAGCUGGGAUGAAUUCUCAUCUAUUGUCAAAGAAACACAUGCAAAUCGUACAGGGAGCCCCAAGCAACGAGUCAUAAUACCAGACAAACCAAAAGAAGAAGAUUAUUUUUAUGCCAAUCCACAAGAAUGCUUGCAGCAAAUUGAUGAAGUAUCAAGCAGUUCGUGAUUCUUGAUUUGUACACAACUCGUGUGCAUAAGUAUUUAAGGAUAUCGGUCACAAUCGGCACAGAGUUUCGGAAGUGUUCGGAAGUGCAAGUAUGGUCCCUAUGAAGUUUAGGAUUGAAUACCACCAGCAUUCCAGAAUAUGUUGGUAGAAAUUUGAGGCUUCAGACAUGGUUCUAUAAUUUUUCUACGUGUCAUUCAACUGUUUUGGUUUAUUAGGCUGGUGCAUAGAUUGAACCUGACUCUCAGGACUACAGAAAAUAACAGCAGAUAUAGAUUGAUUCUCUGCAAGAUCUCUCGGUUUCCGUUCUUAACAAAUAAUUCACUUUUAACGGCAUGUGAAAGGUGUUUAUUAUGGAAUACAGUAUAAGGUGAUUAUAGAAAAAGCCGGUAAUUUUUUUC